UAUUAAUUUUUCAUUACAUUUACCUAUUUUAGGAUUUUACUUGCAUUGUAUUAUAAUUUAUAAUUAAUAAGAAAGUUAUUAAUUUUUGCCAAACAUGCCUAUUAUGAAAGCUUUAGCUUCCAAUGUGGCUGUUCGCCGCUGGGCAUAUAAUCUUUCUGGUUUCAAUAAAUUUGGAUUACAUCAUGAUGAUGUGUUACAAGAAAAUGAUGAUGUCAAGGAAGCAUUAAGACGGUUACCAGCACACAAAGUAGAUGAAAGGUCAUUCAGAAUAAUUAGAGCAAUGCAACUCUCCUUACAAAAAAUUGAACUACCUAAAGAACAAUGGACGAAGUUUGAAGAAGAUGACCGUUAUUUAAAACCUUACCUUGAAGAAGUCAUUAAAGAAAGAGAAGAGAAAGAAUACUGGGAAAAAAAUUACUAUUAGAUUUCAAUAUUCUGUAUUCAAAAUAAAAAUAUCCCAUAGUCACAAGUAAAUUCUUACAGCAAAUAUUUCAAUUAUUACUAUCAUUUUGAGUAUGUUUUAAAAAAUUGUAUUAUUAAACGCAAUAUAAUUUUAGUUUUCUGUCAAGAAGAAUAAAAUGAGUUAUAUCUUAUUCCUUAUACCUAAGUUAUUAUUUCUUAUUGAUAAUGGUUAUAUUAACUUAAGUAUUUAAUUUUAAUUUAAAAACCGCCUAGAUUUUAAGAUUAAUGUUUGGGUUCAUUCAACUUUUAUCUCCCCAUUUUUAUAUAGUGUUAUAUUAUUACUUGUUACAUCUGAUUGAAAUGAUAAAUCAGUAUAAGACAAAAUAUCUUAGAAUUGGCCAUGAAUUAAGAUGUAAAAAAGCAUUAGUUAGUAUAUUUUUAAUUGUGCUGUUGACUGUAGUUGGCUGCUACUAAACUGUGUGAAAUGUCAAUAACAAUUUAGAGAAAUCUGUCUAAUGAAUCCCAGCAAAUAAAUAAAAAACUAACAUUUAAACUUUCAAAAAACAUAACAAAAUAUAUUGUUGUGCUCAGUUUUCACGUCUUAAUUAUGUGACAAGAAUUAUGGAAUAAUAUACUUUUCGCUAUUUUAAAAA